CGGUACAGUCGUCACUCGUGAGGGGAUGAAGUCAGAGAGGAGUUGGCUUUUCAACUCCAGCCGCUAUUAACCAUUUCAAGACAUUUGUGACAGCUUUCGGGUCUAUCUGGGCGGCAAAGAUGUGAACGGAUGUUCGGCUGGACAACAUUUAAAGAGGAAAAGAGACUCGCUGGUGUUAGCAUCGUCAAAGGUUAGCUCGUUAGCUGCCGGGAGGACACGUACAGUGCACGCAGCACAUGGCUUGUAUCCUGCUGAGGAACAUGAACACGCCCACUUCCUGCCCGGCGCCGCAUCAGGUCGACGGUCCCGCCCCGGACCAGCGCCCCGCAGCCGACCCCAAGCAGAGCGCCACAUGCCUGAGCGUCCGCCUGUACCACGCGGGCGGGGCGGAGAGCGUCCUCACCUACCCGCCCGGCGAGUACGUGGCGGAGGAGCUCUGCAUCCUGGCGGCCAAAGCGUGCGGUAUCGCUCCUUUGUACUUCAACUUGUUCGGCCUGAUGAGGGAGAGCGAGCGGCUGUGGUUUCCUCUCAACCACGUCUUCAAACUGCAGCCUCCAGCCAGCGAGAUCCUGCACUUCAGAAUCAGGCAUUACUUUCCUGGCUGGUACAACAGCGGCACUUCCUCCUACGCUCACCGCUGUGGUCUCUCCAAGGGCCUGGACAGUCCUGUGAUGGACGACACCGUCAUGGCAUACCACUUUUUCCAGUGGCGAAGCGACUUCCUGGGCGGCAGGGUUGUGAUGCCAAUGGGCCACGAGGCCCAGGAAGAGUGUCUGGGCAUGGCCGUGCUGGACAUGAUGCGUCUGGCCAAAGAGAGCGGCCAAUCACCUGUCAGCAUCUACAAUGAUACCAGCUACAAGUCCUUCCUGCCCAGCUGCAUGCGUAGCCGCAUCCAAAGGUACAACAUCUUGACCCGCAAGCGGAUCCGCUUCCGCUUCAAGAAGUUCAUCCAGCAGUUCAGCGAGUGCAAGGCCACCGUGUGCAAGCUGCGCCUCAAGUACCUGAUGAGCCUGGAGACGCUGCUCCCGUCGCUGCACACCGAGCGCUUCCACGUGGCCGACCUGUCGGCGCACCGCCUCACCAUCGUCGUCACGGGCAACAAGGGCAUCCAGUGGUCCACAGGGGCAACCGCGGAAGCGGAGGAGGAGCUGCAGACUUACUGCGACUUCCCCGAGGUGAUCGACAUCAGCAUCAAGCAGGCCAACAAGGAAGGCUCGGCAGAAAGUCGAAUAGUCACCCUGACCAGACAGGACAACCAGAUCCUGGAAGUGGAGUUCCACUCCCUGUGUGCGGCCUUGUCCUUCGUGUCGUUAGUGGAUGGUUAUUACCGACUGGUGGCAGACGCGCACCAUUACCUGUGCAAAGAGGUGGCCCCGCCCAGGCUCCUGGAGUGCGUGCAGAGCCACUGCCACGGCCCCGUAUCGAUGGAGUUCACCAUCAGCAAGCUGCGUCGCUCCGGCAACCACCAGGGUCUCUACAUGCUGCGCCGUAGCCCCCGGGACUACGACAAGUUCUUUAUGUCCUUUGUGGUGGGGCACGAGGCCACGGUGGACUACAAGCACUGCCAGAUAUUGCGGAGCGAGUCACAAGAGUACGUCCUGAGCGGCACCAAGAGAUGCUUCGGCUCGCUGGGGGAACUUCUGGACUGCUACCAGAAGGAGGCGCUGCACACCGACGGCUACACCUUCCGGCUGACCAAGUGCUGCCCGCCCAGCCCCAAACACAAAUCCAACCUGCUGGUGUGUCGCAGCAACCAAAGUCCAGAGGUUUUUCUGUCGCCGUCUCUCCACAAAGGCAUCAGCCAGAUGGUUUUCCACAAGAUACGAAAAGAAGACCUCAUCUUCAAGGAGAGUCUGGGCCAGGGCACCUUCACCAAGGUCUUCUCCGGCGUCAGGAAGGAGCUGGGAGACUACGGAGAGGUGCACCAGAUGGACGUGGUGGUCAAGAUCCUGGACAAAGCCCAUCGCUGCUACUCUGAGUCCUUCUUCGAAGCGGCGAGCAUGAUGAGUCAGCUUUCCCACAAGCACCUGCUCCUCAACUACGGCGUCUGCGUUUGCGGGGACGAGAACAUGACGGUCCAAGAGCACGGCAGGUUCGGCUCCCUGGACACGUACUUGAAGAAGAACAAGGGCAGCAUCAACAUCGUGUGGAAGCUGGAGGUGGCCAAGCAGCUGGCCUGGGCCAUGCACUACCUGGAGGACAAGAACGUGGUCCACGGUCACGUGUGCGCCAAGAACGUCCUGGUGAUCCGGAAGGAGGACCGCAAGACGGGCAGCCUGCCCUUCGUCAAGCUCAGCGACCCCGGCAUCGGCAUCAGCGUGCUUCCUCAAGAAGUUCUGGUGGAGCGGAUCCCCUGGGUGCCGCCCGAAUGCAUCGGAAACCCGCCCAAUCUGGGUCUGGCCACGGACAAGUGGGGCUUUGGCGCCACCCUGUGGGAGAUCUGCAGCGGCGGAGAUAAGCCGCUCUGCACGCUGGACUACCGCAAGAAGAUGAUGUUCUACGAGGACCGCCACCAGCUGCCAGCUCCCAAAUGGACGGAGCUGGCCAACCUGAUCCACAGCUGCAUGGACUACGAGCCCACUCAGCGCCCGUCCUUCCGAGCCGUCAUCCGAGACCUCAACAGUCUGUUCACGCCAGACUACGAGCUGCUGGUGGAGAGCGACAUGGUGCCCGCCCGGGCGCGGGGCCUGGGCUUCCCGUGGGCCUCCGAGUGCCAGGAGCCCGCGCAGUUUGAGGAGCGACACCUCAUCUUCCUCAAGCAGCUGGGAAAGGGGAACUUUGGCAGCGUGGAGAUGUGCAGGUACGACCCGCUGCAGGACAGCACGGGCGAGGUGGUGGCCGUCAAGAAGCUGCAGCACAGCUCCGCCGAGCACCUGCGCGACUUUGAGCGCGAGAUCGAGAUCCUCAAGUCUCUUCACCACGACAACAUCGUCAAGUACAAAGGAGUGUGCUACAGCGCAGGGCGGAGGAACCUGCGCCUGAUCAUGGAAUAUCUUCCCUACGGCAGCUUGCGGGACUACCUCUUGAAGAACAAGGAGCACUUUGACUCCAAGAAGCUUCUGCUCUAUGCGGUGCAGAUUUGCAAGGGCAUGGACUACUUGGCCACCAAGCGUUACAUCCACAGGGACCUGGCAAGCAGGAACAUUCUGGUGGAGAGCGAGAUGAGGGUGAAGAUCGGCGACUUUGGACUGACUAAAGUUCUGCCCCAGGACAAGGAAUACUACACGGUCAGGGAGCCGGGAGAGAGCCCCAUCUUCUGGUAUUCUCCCGAGUCUUUGACGGAGAGCAAGUUCUCGGUGGCGUCGGACGUGUGGAGUUUUGGCGUGGUCCUCUACGAGCUGUUCACCUACUGCGAGAAAGGCUGCAGCCCACCUGCGGUGUUCAUGGAGCAGAUGGGCCAUGAGAAGCAAGGUCAGAUGAUCGUCUAUCACCUGAUCGACCUCCUCAAGCAAGGAUACCGCUUGCCUGCGCCGCACACCUGUCCUCGCCAGAUCCAGCAGAUGAUGUCUGAGUGUUGGAGCAGCCAUCCUGCAGAGAGACCAACUUUUCCCUCCUUGAUCCAAAGUGUGGAGACGGCACGAAGCGACUUGGACGUCUGAUAUCGUCUCUGCUGCAAGCCGUAUCGUUCUACAUCCAACAGCAUCGUCGUGACGUCCACACCACCACACACCUGAACAUUGAGUGGUAUCAUCCACACCACCAUACACCUGAACAUUGAGUGGUGUCGUCCACACCACCAUACACCUGAACAUUGAGUGGUGUCGUCCACACCACCAUACACCUGAACAUUGAGUGGUAUCAUCCACACCACCAUACACCUGAACAUUG